AUGGCGUCUUCUAGCGCCAUCCGCUUCGUCACUGGUUCUAAAAAGUCCCCUCUGGGCUCUCUGCAUCUCCAGCUUCGCGUGAAACCGGGAGCCAGCAAGAAUCGCGAGGGUGUCAUAGCUGUGACUGACGACGCCAUUGAACUGUGUGUUUCUGCUCAGGCAAGAGAGGGCGAGGCCAACAAGGCUGUUGUUCAGGUCCUCAGCGGAAUCUUGGGCAUACCAAAGUCCAGUUUACAGUUGACACAUGGCAUGAAGUCGCGCGACAAGACAGUUGUUCUCGGUGGAGUCAAAGGCGAUGGGGAGGACUAUGCAAGAAGUAUUCGUGAGAUAUUAGAUAGGGCUGCUGAGGAAUGA